ACCACUUCCAUCUCCACCACCCGCAACCACCCACUCGCAACCACAUCUCCAAAUCCUUUCGUGUUUCCCAUCACACAUACACACUUAAUCCAAAAUGUCGUGGCAAGCAUACGUUGAUUCGAGUCUUCUCGGCUCCGGCAAAAUUGAUAAGGCGGCUAUCUUCAGCGCUGCCGGCGACAGUGUAUGGGCUGCUUCCGCUGGAUUCACUCUGUUACCGGAGGAGGUCAAGAAGGUGGUCAACGGCUUCGUAGACCCCAGUGGUCUCCAGGCGAACGGACUUCACGCGCAGGGAGAGAAAUACGUCUUCCUCCGAAACAUCGAGGACCGGAGCAUCUACGCAAAGAGGAACAAAGAGGGUAUCAUCUGUGUCAAGACGAAACAGGCGGUGCUCAUCGCCCACUACCCCGAGAACGUCCAGGCCGGUGAGGCGACAAAGAUCGUCGAGGCUCUGGCGGACUACCUGAUCGGUGUUGGGUACUAGACGGCUCUCCAUCCGGCCGCUUGUUCCGCCAUACCCUUCCUUCUU